AUGCGGCUUUAUGUGGAAGAUCUGGUUACCAGCGCGACGGAUCCCGCUAAAACCGGACUUGUUGCUGACGUGGCAGGCAACGUGGACAGCGACGAUGACGACGAGGAUGACGCGGAUUCGUUGGAAGACGGAUAUGCCAGGAUUUGCUGGCUCGGAUCGGAGGAACCUUCUGAGGAACGAAUCGAGGAUCUUAAAAUUAUAGACCGUUGUUUCUUACACGGAGACGUCGUGGCGCGCGCGGACGAUCCGCUGGGGCAAACCGGGACCGUGACAGCUGUCGAGCUGCUAUUGGAUCUCGAGCUCGCGUCGGGGGAGAUUCUGAAAGACGUGGAUUCCAGGCGAUUGGUUCCGAUCCGAUCCGUGAAACCCGGGGGGUUUGUCGUUUACCACGACUGGGUGGGGAGGGUUGGCGACAUAUUGGAUAACCUCGUUUUGGUUUUCGACGACGGGGCGAAAUGUCGGGUUACCAAAGUCAGUCCGGACGAUUUGUUUCCGGUUAGACCGUCUGCGACGGACGACGAGGAGAGCAUUCUUUUCUGGCCCGGGCAGCGCGUGCGCGCGAGUUACGCGAGCAUCUUCCGCCGCGCCCAAUGGCUGAAGGGCACGUGGAAGCAGUCGCGCAUGGAAGCCACGGUGGCAGUCGUCGAACCCGGAACGGCCCUCGUUCAGUGGAUCACGGGGAGACAGCUCAGCAGCGGCGGCGGCGGAAGCGGCGGAGGCGGGAGUGGUGGCGGGGAUGGCGGCAGGGAUAGCGGCUCGGUUGAGGGGGAAGAGACCGGGGGGAAUGGGGAUGGGGAGAGCAACGGCAACGGCAGCAGCGGCAAGAAGGGAAGCACGGGGAAAGGGGAGAAGAAUACGGGGGGCGCGGGGGGAACGAAAGGGCCGCCGCCAGACGAGGUAAGCGCGGCGGCUGUGCGCGCGCUGGUGCAUUUUAACUACGUCAACUGGCAGGUGGGAGACCACUGCUUGCGCAUUGAAGACGUGGUGAGCGGGACGGGGGAAACGGGGAUGGAAGGGGAAGGGGGCGGGGGAGGAGGGGGCGGAGAGGAAUCAGGGGGAGAGAGGGGAGGGGAGGGGGGAGUAGGACGGGAUCAGGGACGGGAUGAGAAGAGGGACGGAGAGAGGGAAGAGGAAGAGGGAGCAGGAGCGGGAGAGGCAGGGGAGAGGGAUCCGCUUAUUGGCUCUGGUGGAGGGCCGUGGGGCCGAGUUGGGUAUGUGAAAACGGUGGAUUAUAAGCAGCGCACUGCCAUUGUGGCCUGGGCUAGGGUUAACGGGGGAAGCACGGCAGGAGAUUUGGGGGAAAAUGGGAAGGAUGGGGAUGGAGGGGCGGGGAGAAGGGAGGGUGGGUGUGCGGUGGGGUGGGGUGGGGUUGUGGAGUUUCAGGAGGAGUUGGCUGCGGUUCCGGAAGAUGAAGAGGACAUGUAUGGAGGGGAUGGCGGGUAUGAAGACGAGGAGGCUUAUACCGAGGAUGAGGAGGAGGACGGGUGGGAGACAGCGGAUGAGGAAGAGGAGGAGGGAGAGGGAGAGAUGCAGCAGCGGCUACAGCAGGCGGGUGCAGCUGCAGCAAGCCUUCCCGAGGCGACAGGGAGAAGAGUAAUGGCUGCAGUGGCUGCAGUAGCAGAAGUGGCGGCAGGAGGGCGAGGAGGAGGAGGAGCAGGAGCAGUGGAUGAUUUAGCUGCAAGCCUGCAAGGGCUGCAGAAUGUGAAGAAUGAGCUGGAUGCGUUUAGCAGGGGGCGCAACUGGUGGGGGGGCGGGAGAGGCGCAGGGGGGAGGAGAGGGGGAAGAGCGGGAGGGAGGGGAGGAGGGGAAGAGGAAGGGGACGAGGGGGAAGCGGAGGAGGAGGAAGAGGAGGAAGGGGAGAGGGAGGGGGGUGGAGAGGAGGGGAGUGGGAGUGGUGGGAGGAGGAGGAGGGGGAGGAGGCGGAAAGCGGGGGGAGUUUUGGGGGAGGGUGAGGGGGAGAGAAGCAGGGGGGCGGGCGGCAGUGGGGAAUCCGCGCAGGCAGGUGCGGGGAGUGACGCGAGGGUUGGAUUGUCUGAGCGACUGGCUGCAGGGAUGACGUCGAUUAUAUCGUUGCUGCAAGAGAUAGUACCAAAGCUGGAUAGGGGCGAGAGGAAAGCGGGAGAGGAUGCGAGGGGUGGAAGGGAGGGAGGAGAGGAGGAGGGGGGCGGAAGCAAGGGGGGAGAGGAGGAGGGGGGCGGAGGGGGAGAGGCGGAGGGGGAUGCGCAACAGGCGGGCAGCAAGGGGAAGGGAUUGCUGGAGCAAGAGGGGGAGGGAGAGAAGAAGCAGAAAGCGGAUAAACCACCAACUGAGCCGGUAGAGAAACCCUUGGAGGGGCCUUUAGGUUUGGGCGCAGGUGGGGGGUUGGGGCACAGGCGUAAGGGGGCGGCAGCAAGUGUGUCAGGUGGUCCGAAGGGGGGUUUGGUAGGAGGGCAAGGUGCGGACGGAUCAGGUUUGGCAGCAGGUGUUGAGGAGGGAUCCUGUGGUGGUAAUGAGGAUGGAUCAGCGGCUGCUACUGUGGAGGAGACUCAAGGGGAAGGGAGUAGAGGAGAAGGGGAGUUGGGAGCGCGUGGGUCUGAGAGCUCUGCUGGGAUUGGUCUGGCUCUGCUGCUGGAGGGACGUGGUGGAGGGAAGGAGGGAGAGAAGAGUGGGGCAGGGGGGAAAGGGGAAGGAAGAGAGGAAUUGGGAGGGAGAGGUGGGGGGGAGAGGAGGCGAGAAGUAGAGGAGGAACGGUUGGAAGAGGUGGGGGAGAGGGCAAGGGAGGAAAAGAUGAAUGCAAGUAUGGAGACGAGUUUUGAGUCGACUCAAAACUCGACUCAUUACACGUUGGAAGAGGUGGGGGAGAGGGAAAGAGAGGAAAAGAUGAAUGCAACUAUGGAGAGUUUGGGGGUCGGAGGUUUUGUAGUUGAUAAACCAGAAGGGGAGGUUCGGGGUGAGGUGAAAGGGGAAGCAGAGGGAGAUUCGCCGGAGGCAGAAAGCAAGGAAACUGAGGUAGUCGCAAGGGAAGAAACAGAGACGCGGGAAGGGACAGGGGGAGACCGGGGGGAAGAGAGAGUGGGGGAGACAAGGGGAGAGGGCGCAGAAGAAGGGGGAGAUGCAGGGGGAGAGGCAAGGGAAGGGGGAGGGGAAGGGGAAGGGGAAGGAGCAGAGGAAGUGAAAGGGGAGGAAGGUCGGGAAGGAGGGGAAGGGAAAGAAGAAGCAGCUGCAGUUGGGGCAGGGGCAGCAGAGGCAGGGGCAGGAGCUGCAGGGGCAGCAGAGGCAGUGGCAGGGGCAGCGGCGGGGGGAGGGAGUGAAGGCGCAUGGCGGCAAUUUGACAGUGUGACCAACGCUGCUGACCAUUACUAUGCGUCCCAGACGUUCCAGCCGGGCAAUCGCAAGUGGGCCAAGGCAGUGCACAAGGAUUGGUGUCUCAUGUCUCUUUACCUCAUGCCACCGCCUUCCAUUCACCCCCUCCCCUCUGCAUCCUCCCUUCUGCCUCCUCCCAUUCACCCCUUGCAGCCGGGCAAUCGCAAGUGGGCCAAGGCUGUGCACAAGGACUGGGAGAUUCUCCAGACCAACCUGCCAGACUCCAUCUCUGUGCGUGUGUACGAGGACCGAAUGGACCUCCUGCGAGUGGCCAUAGUCGGACCGCAUGACACCCCCUACCACCUCGGGCUCUUUUUCUUUGACAUCUGGCUUGCAGCCCUUUACAACCCCUCUCCACCGCUCUCCACACCCCUCUCCACUCCUCUCCACCCCACCAGACUCCAUCUCUACUCCAUCUCUGUGCGUGUGUAUGAAGACCGAAUGGAUCUGCUGCGAGUGGCCAUAGUCGGCCCCCCUGACACCCCCUACCACCUCGGGCUCUUUUUCUUUGACAUCUGGCUUCCACCUGAUUAUCCCGCCGUGCCGCCGUCCGUGCACUAUCACUCAGGCGGCCUCAGGGUGAAUCGGAAUCCUAACCUGUUCGAGAACGGCAAGUCCGUGCGUUACCACUCAGGCGGCCUGAGAGUGAACCCAAACCUGUACGAGGACGGCAAGGUGUGCCUAUCGCUGCUCAACACGUGGGGAGGCAAGGGCACGGAGGUGUGGAACCCAGGCUCGUCCAUUCUGCAGGGGGGUGUGGGAGUGGUGUGGGACGGGUGUGGUAGGGGUGUGGCAGGGGCGUGGAGAGCAGAGGGAGAGAGGAACGUUGUUGCCUCACUGUCUACUCUCUGCUUCCCGGUCCUCGUGUCCAUCCAAGGCCUUGUGCUCGUGCCGCGGCCGUAUUUCAACGAGGCAGGGUACGAGAGGCAGAGGGGCAGCGCAGAGGGGGAGAGCAGAGGGAGAGAGCCGAGGAGGAGAGGAACGUUGCUGUCGCAUUGCCUUGUGCUCGUGCCGCGGCCGUAUUUCAACGAGGCGGGGUACGAGAGGCAGAGGGGCAGCGCAGAGGGGGAGAGGAACGCUGAUCUUUACAAUGAGAGCGCCUUCCUCUUGUCAGCCAAAACCAUGAUCUACUCAAUUCGCAACCCUCCCAAGCACUUUGAACCUUUGGUGGCGCUGCACUUCAAGCAGCAUGCUGCUGCCAUCCUUGCUCUGUGCGACACAUACGCUCAAGGGACCAAGGUGUGUCCACUCAAGGCUGCAAGCAAGGCAAGCCCAGCUGCUGUCAAAGACACAACAAGUUCUUCUGCUAAGGACACCGCAAGCCGACCCGAUUCUGACAGCACGAGUGGCUCCAAGGGUGUUCAGCAGCAGCAGGAGGGUUCGACGGGACAGCAGGGAGAGGCUAGGAGGCCUGCUGAUGCGGUGCAAAGCGGUGGUGGGGGUGAUGAUGGGUGUUCGGCUGGAUUCAAGAUAAUGCUAGGGAAGCUGCGGCCGCAGCUGGAAUUAGCCUUGGCACGGGUUUUGAAGGGAAAAUGA